AUGAUCGAUCAUUCUUGUAAUAAUUCACUUUACGUCGGUGAUCUCCAUCCAGCCGUAACAGAUCCGAUGCUUUUUGCAAUAUUUUCUAGCAUCGGUAGGAUCGAAAGUGCACGAGUGAACCCUGAUGCUACUGGUCGGUCCCCCCACGCAUACGGCGUUGUCAAAUUCGAAAGUCACCAGGAUGCAAAGCGUGCUCUUGAGAAACUAAAUUAUGCUGAACUCAUGGGUCGUCCGAUGCGUGUUAUGUGGUAUGAACCAGAUCCUUCGGUACGAGAGGCUGGAAGGGGCAAUAUAUUCAUAAAAAAAUUAGACAAAGUGAUUAGCCAGCAGGACUUGUACGUAACUUUCAAUCAGUUUGGAAAGAUCCUUUCCUGCAAGAUAGCCCAUAAUGGGGAAGGUGCUUCCAAAGGCUUUGGUUUCGUCCAUUUCGAAGAUGAGGAAUGCGCUAAAAGAGCUAUCAAAGCAACCAAUGGAAAGAUGAUAAGUGACCAAAUUGUUUAUACAGGAAAUUUCAUUACAAAAGACGAGCGCAAAGACCUCAAAGCAAAAUCUAAAUUCACCAAUUGUUACAUCAAGAACUUUAGUAAUGAUUUGGACGACGAAGGCCUUACAAAACUCUUUGAAGAAUUUGGUGAAAUAACGAGUGCACGCAUUAUGAAGGAUGAUCAAGGCAAUUCGAGGUGCUUCGGUUUCGUUUGCUUCUCUAAUCCUGACAGUGCUGAAGCAGCAGUGGACGCUUUGAAUGACAAAGAGAUCAACGGUCUAAAGAUCUACGUGUGCAAAGCACAAACAAAGACAGAACGUCAGGAAUUUCUGCACAAAGAAUAUGUA